GCUCGAUUCCUCAUGUCAUCUGUCGAGCACUCUCGUCUUCACAUGGGCGGAGGCCACGCUCCCGCAGAGUGGUCGUACGACGCCGGCGGCCUCCGCGGCUGGUCCUACUAUAUCCGCGCAUUCAACCUGCUACGCGAACAGCCGAGCAUGGAGAUCGGAUGGGGUCAGUGGUCCAAGCCUGGUGGCCACUCGGAGGACAUCCUCGAGGUCUGCGGGCUCCACCCGGGCGGCUUCGUCUGCGACCCAUGCGAGGCAUGCGAGUCGACGGGGACGUGCAGCGACCCAGUCACUGGCGACCCGGCACCGAUCAGUGGUGGCUGCCAGGAUCCUAUCCGCGAAGACCCGACGCUCGCAAACUGCGGACAUCCGACCGACUAUGAAGCUACCGAGAGCUGUGCCUUCUGGGAGUGCGGAGAGGACUCAAAGGGUGGCGUGCGAGGUUCCAUCGAGGGAGGCAUGGGGUACUGGAUGUACACGCUCGAGACCCCUCACGUCAAGUGGAUGUUGCCAGGCGCUACGAACGCAAAUUACGAGGUAUUUGGCGGCACCUUCUUGAACGACCGGCCCCAGCCCUGCACGGUACUCGGCGGCGCAGUCAGAGUGAGCAACCGGCUCCUGGUCCCCAAUGAUUUCGUCACGUUUGCAGGCGGCGACGACACAGACGGCUUCUUUGGUUACAUGCUCACCAAGUCACCUUUGGGCAAGCGAUCUGCCACCGACGCCGCGAACUACUGGACCAUUGUCAUCGACGCGGCCAACUUUGCCGGGCCAGUGAUGUACACUGCGGCCUGGUUCUGGGACAGCCGAAUCAACUGGCAUCCAAAAUCUAUCUCGUGGUCUGAUCCGCGAGUCAACAUCGGGUACGUGGCCCAAGGUUUUGAGGGCUCCAUCGGUGCCUUCACAGCGCGGCAAGGUGGCUCGCAGUACUGGCGCACCACUCGAUGGUCGAUGCCACGCGACCGCUUCGGGCCGAGCUCAUCCCCUAACACCUCCACGCUCUUCACCGGCCACUCGCAGUUCGCCACCGACUGGGCGGUGGAUGCUCUCGAGCCCAUGUUGAGUGGAACGGGCCCGGUCGGCGAGCGGACGCACACCUUUGUUCAGCAGCGGUCUGCUGAGUCGCGAACAAGGCCCGACUGCAAUGCGCCGCCCGAGGGCGAGGGCGGAAUGUCGGUUUGGGACGAUCAAGAGGACUCGGAGGUCACUUGGAGCGGCUUCGGCAUUGGCAGCGCCUACGAUCAGACAAAGUCAGAGGCGGCACACUGCGCGUCGACGCUCUCGCUCGACCCUUCGAAUGCGGCCCUGUCGUGCGACCAGCGGCGGUGCGAGGCGGCGGCGUUCCUUCAGGGAGGCUUGGGCAACUCGGACCCUCCGGUCGUCAUCUCGGCCGAUGCCGUGCCGCCCGAGGUCAAGGCGCAGUUCGAUGAGGCGGCCUUUCAACCGACCAAGAUGAACGAAGGGACCUUCCUCGGACCGCCCGCCGAGACAGAGCAGGCGUGCUUUGACAAGCCGGCCAGUGACACGAUGUACUGCACCUUCACCGCGAGCAAGGCUUGGAUUGGCUGGCGCUGGUACAGAUUUGUCGAUCAGCCGGAGCUCUAUAUGGUCUUCGAGUCGCUCCCCGACGAUGGGACUCGCCAGGCGGCUCGCGACUACAUGCAAGCGAGAAUCGAGAGGCUGCAUCGCCAGCAGGAGGCCGACAGCACCGGAGGGUGGUUCUCGCCACCGCAGGGCGACGCAGCGCUGCCCGCGGAGAAGGUGUCGAUUGACCCUGCCCUGCUGCUUACGCCGCCCACCGGCUUCGAGUAUGGCUACGUGCCGAUCGCCGUGUACCAAAAGCCGCGCGUCAAGCCGGCCGAGUGCGAUGUCGAGGUCAACGCGGUCGGCCCUCGGCCGGUGCCGCACCCCGACGGGUACUGGGACGACUGCACCAGCCCCUCUGGUAUCGAGAACCCGAACUGCCACAGACCUGAUGGCGGCUACGACGUCGAGACCUGCUCCGCCAACGCCGAGUCGCGAGCCCCGUUCAACUACCCGGGCCGCAUCUACGGCUAUUGGCCCGGCGGUAGCCAGGACGACCGCGUGCCAUACGACGAGCACGAGGUGCGCUGCUGCUCUGACACCCGCAUUGACGGCUGGAAGAAACGCGGCAGCAACUGUCCGUGGACGGAGUCUGACGACGGCAUGGGCGGCUGCCACCACGAAGAGACGCUGUCCGAGGCGGAGGAAGUUUGCGCGGACGCCGGCGCGCGACUCUGCUCCAAGCAGGAGCUGAAGUCUGACUGCGCCAUAUUGGCUGUCUUGCUAGAUGGCCUUCUGUUUAUGUAA